GGCCCCGCCCCCCUGCGGCGCGGCGGCGGCCGCGGGGGGGCGGUGCGCGCUCGCGCAGGUGGGCGCGUGGCGGGGAUGCAGCAUGGCAGAGCCGCGCGGCGACCCGCACCGCACCACGGGCUCCACCCUGCUGCACCCGCUGAGCGCCCUGCUGGGCAUCCCCCUGGACCAGAUCAAUUUUGUAGCCUGUCAACUGUUUGCCCUUUUGGCUGCUUUUUGGUUUCGUAUUUGCUUGGGUCCUGGUCAUGCCAGUUCUGCUGUUCGCCAUGCAUUUGCCACCCUCUUUGGAAUAUACUUUGCUGUCUUCUGCUUUGGGUGGUAUUCCAUACAUCUUUUUGUCCUGGUGAUGAUGAACUAUGGCAUUAUGAACAUAGCGAGUAUUCCAAACAUCCACAGGUACUCCUUUGUCGUAGCUAUGGGAUACCUCACGUUGUGCCACAUAAGCCGAAUAUACAUAUUUCAUUAUGGUAUUCUUACUACAGAUUUUUCUGGUCCGCUGAUGAUAAUUACGCAGAAGAUCACAACACUUGCAUGCCAGCUCCACGAUGGGAUAGGGCGACAAGCUGAGGAACUCACUGCUGAGCAAAAUCGGCUUGCUGUAAAGACCAGACCUUCUUUACUGGAGUACUUAAGCUAUCUCCUCAACUUUAUGAGCAUCAUAGCCGGGCCUUGCAGCAAUUACAAGGAUUAUAUAGCCUUCAUUGAAGGGAGGCACGUGCACAUGAAACUCUUAGAAGUGAACUGGAAGCAGAAGGGUUACGACAGACUUCCUGAUCCUUCUCCAACUGGAGCAGUGAUGUACAAGCUGUGUAUCACACUUGUAUCUCUCGUUUUGUUCUUGACACUUACCAAGAACUUUCCUGUGACAUAUAUUAUUGAUAAUGAAUUUCUUGAGAAAACAUCCUUCUUGUCAAGACUUGGUUACCUGUAUGUUGUUACACAGGCAGCAAAGCCAAAGUAUUACUUCGCAUGGAUGUUAGCAGAUGCAGUCAACAAUGCAGCUGGUUACGGAUUCAGUGGAGUGGAUGAGAGAGGCGUUUUCCGUUGGGACCUGUUAUCCAAUUUAAAUAUCUGGAACAUUGAGACCGCGACAAGUUUUAAAAUGUACAUUGAAAACUGGAACAUUCAGACAGCUGCCUGGCUAAAACGAGUUUGCUAUGACAGAGCUCCCUGGUACCCUACAGCUUUAACAUUUAUCCUGUCGGCCCUGUGGCAUGGUAUCUAUCCUGGAUAUUAUUUUACGUUCCUCACUGGAAUCCUUAUCACGCUCGCAGCCAGAGCAGUAAGAAACAAUUGCAGACAUUACUUCCUCGCAUCAGUGCCUCUCAAGGUAGCCUAUGAUGUUGUUACCUGGGCUGUCACUCAGCUGGCUGUCUGCUAUACUGUUGCACCUUUUGUUAUGCUGGCUGUUGAGCCCACAAUUAAGUUUUACAAGUCUAUGUAUUUUCACAUGCACAUCCUAAGCAUCCUGGUGUUGCUAGUGUUACCAGUCAGACCUCAAGCUCACUCCGUAAGAAGGCCUCAGAAUCAGGUCAUGCAGAACUCCGUUAAAAACAAAGACAAAUGACAUCUCCAAAGAAAACCGUUGACGUUGGGAUGAGAACUGUCAUAUUGGAAACAAACAAAGAAGAAGAAAAAAGGGAGGGGGGAGGGACAAGCUGCAAAGACAAAUGGCAUUACUAUUGCUCAUCUUAAAACCCUACUGGACAGGGCAGAAAAGAGCCAGAAAGACUGUGUUUCAGAUAAAUCCAGGUAAGAGUUUUACGGGCAACUUUUACAGGCUCUAGGGGCAUUUUGAUUUUUUUUUUUAAUAAAUAUUUUUAUGAAGUGUUUUUAUAUAUUUAAACUUUUUCACACAGAGAGGUGUUUUUGCUCUUUUACAGAAACAUACCAUUAUUAAACAAUAAUAUUGUGAUUAAAGGGCCAGGAAGUACCUAGUAAAGAGUUAGAUCAGCUGCUUAGUAGCCUGGUGCUCAGGGCAGCUGGUGAGACAGCUUUUCAUAUCUUGGCAAAGAAGAGAGAUGGUGCACAUAGAGAACCACAGAAAUGGAAGUGCUCAAUGUGCUGGUGCUGACUUCUGCUCCAGCAGGGAGAAGAGGGAGCUGGGCAUUCCCCAGCAAUCCCCAGCGCAGGGACUCCAGCCUGAGCUCGGCAGCAAGGAUAUUUCACCUCCCUCAAUGUGACAUCUGCUGGUAUGAGGGCAAGACGAGUCCCUUGGGAAUUGGUGUCUGGGAACACUGUCAACUGGCUAGGCCAAAACCUAAAGCCAAGGAAAAGCAACACAAAAGGGAGAAACCCAGAGUAGUAAAAAUAAAGCAAUACCCUGUGAUCUGUAGGAUCAGGCUUCUCUGUUAAUGCAGCUGCUGCUCGUUGCUCCUUCAGCCUUACUUUGCACUUUCAGAGCGAUGUAGCAUUUCCAUGUUGUGAUUGAACUAACAGAAGCCAUGCAGGUUUAGAUUGUUAAAACUCACAGUUGUGGGUUAAAUCUGAAAAAGGUUAGUAAUAGGUCAGCCUGUUCUACACGAAAAGUUUAGCAAUAGAUCAGACUGUUCUGCACAGAAGCAUCCUGUCUUGUGGGGGAGUUUCUUUCCAGACAUCUAACACUAAAAUGAAAAUGGAACAAUAAUUAUUAUAGUCAUAAUAAAUAAUUCUGUACGAAACAAGGAGUAUUACAUGAUGUGAUCAUGACAAGAGUCAACACCAAGUCCUUAUAUGAUCUUGACAAGCCACUUAACUUUUUGGUGUGAGUUUCUCUGCUUGUAAAAUCCAAAGCUUACAGGGAUGUUGUAAGGUUUAAUUUCUAAGGGCUUAUAGUGCUUUGAAAUAACUUGCUGCAAAAUGCUGUGUCAGUUUUUUAUUUAUUUUUUAAAUCCACUUAACCCUGCAAAAUAGACUAAUAAGACACUUCAGAAGAACUAAAAUAUUAAAAAAAAAAAAAAAAGAGAGAGAAAGAAAAGCUUUACUGUUUUCCAGGAGUGGUUUUCUCAGGAUUUUUAGAAGCAAUUCCCUUGUAAAGUAUUGGUAUUCUUUUUUCUUUUUUCUUUUUUUUUUGGGGGGGGGGGGGAGAUGUCACUGAAAUGAAGUGUGAGUGAGCAAAGAAUCUGCUGUUUAUUGCAUUCUGAUUUUUGUGUUGGAUUAAAAUUUUGCAGAAUCCUUAUGUUGGGAAGGAAACAACUCAGUGAAACCAAAACAAGUUUUAAAAAUGUUUGAUUUUCUUAUUUUCUGGUGGAAAGAUUUUGUCCUGUGACCACCUCAUGAUUCAGAGCAUAUUUCAUGGAAGAGUUUAUUUGGUAAUUUAUUUUGAAGGCGAGAUGGUAUUAAAAGAUGGAUCUGAAUAAACAAA